GUCAUGUGAUCCAGAAGCGGAAGAGCACUCAUAGCAUUGGGCUAAAAACACAGUCGCUGCAGAUGCAGUAUAGAUGAAAAAUCAUCUUAAUCUGUGUUUAUAAUCGAUGAAAGUUUUAUGCUCGACGAUCAGAACACGACAGCCGAUCAUUGUUCACAACACGACACGUAAUGGAUGAUAGCAAGAUGGUUGGUGGUAAAGUAAAGAAACCUGGUAAACGCGGGCGUAAACCUGCCAAGAUCGACCUGAAGGCCAAACUGGAGAGAAGCAGACAGAGCGCACGUGAGUGUCGUGCCAGGAAGAAACUGCGUUACCAGUAUCUGGAGGAACUGGUAUCCAGUAAAGAGAGAGCCAUCUGUGCCCUGAGAGAGGAGCUGGAGAUGUAUAAGCAGUGGUGUUUGGCCAUGGAUCAGGGGAAAAUACCAUCGGAAAUUAAAGCUCUUUUAACCGGAGACGACCAGAAGCCACCACAGAGCUCCGGCACUAAAAUACCCAAAAACAGCAAAUUCAGCUCCACAGGAACCGGCCAGAACAAGAUGGCACCGUAAUCAACAUGCGGUGAGAGGACACGGAUCAGUUCUAGAGAAUGAUAAAUGUGUGUAAACAGUAUUGAAUGUGGACAAAGUGUUUUAUGUGUUUGGUUAUGUGAUGUUAAAUAAGCUCAUUUUAUGAAAGGAGUCAGAAAGGAUAAUUCACAUUUGUCUGACAUUAGUUGAAUAUUUAUGUGGCGUGACUUUGUCUUCCUUUAUAUAUUUCAUGUGGAAUCUUUCUGCUUCCAAAUAUUUAAGGUUUCAACAUUCACAAAGUCAAUGGAGACAGGAAGGUUUGUAUUCACGAGAUAAAUUACAGAAUAUUUUCUAUUGAUUGGGAUGAAAAGUCACACCAUAAAACCUUCAGAGAUAAGAACACUAUGUUGUCUUGAUCGGCCUAUUGCACUUUAAAAAAAUUGAAGAAUUCAACGCAUAGCACUUGUUUUUGGCUCUUGUAUAAAUUGGGGUGGUGUGUCGGGACUCGGGAAGAAUUAAUGUUUGUUGUAUUUAUUUCAUUAACAGAACUUUAAAUGCACUUUUCUUUAAAGCUCCUCAUUUAUUCUGCUCGUACUUCAUUAUCUUUAUAUUCAUUUUUGCUUUGUGUUUGCUAUUUGACAAUGAAAACUAAUAAAAAAAGCACUUAACUGAUUAGAAAAGGAUUGAAUGAUUGUUGUUAUCUGCCCAAAUGUUUUACUUUCGCUUUCUUUUCAUUUCAAGUUUAAUAACUGAUUGUUUGACUGUGUUUAAGCUAAAUCAUGUCGAACAUGUAGUUUAAUUUCACGUUAACAGAAUCUGUUUUUCUUUGGCAUAGUUUAGAGAUAGAUAUUUUUAUAUGACAUGGAUGAAAUGUAAACUCGUAUUUGUUGAAGAUAAUGCAGAAAUAGUUCUAAACAUUGUCCUGUUACCAAUGUUGCUUUGCAGUUGUUCUGUGAUCUUGUGAAUGAUAUAAACACGUCCCACCUUUA